AACAAGAUUUUGGGUCUCAUUGACGUCGGACGCAAAGAGGGCGCAAACCUCUUGACCGGCGGUCAGCGAUGGGGAACUCAGGGCUACUUCAUUCAGCCCACAGUUUUUAGUGACGUGAAGGACGACAUGACUAUAGCCAAGGAGGAGAUCUUCGGACCCGUGCAGUCCAUCUUUAAGUUCAAGACGUUUGAUGAGGUGAUCGAUCGCUGCAAUAACACCAGCUAUGGAUUGGCUGCCGGCGUGUUCACCAAAGACAUCAAUAAGGCGUUGAGAUUCUCGCAGCAGGUCCAGGCCGGGUCUAUUUGGAUCAACACCUUCCUGGCACUGGGACCUCAGGUGCCCUUUGGAGGCUUCAAACAGUCCGGUUUUGGCCGCGAGAAUGGUGAGGACGGCCUACACGAGUAUCUGGAGAUCAAAUCGGUAUUCAUAAACAACUCAUGGGUGGACUCCGUGAGUGGGAAGACAUUUGAGACGAUAAACCCGGCGACCGGACAAGUGAUCGCAAAAGUACAGGAGGGGGACAAACAGGACAUCGAUAGGGCUGUCCAAGCGGCCAGAGAUGCAUUCAAAAGGGGUUCAGUUUGGCGUACAAUAGAUGCCUCAGAAAGGGGUCGACUUUUGCAUAAAUUGGCGGAUCUUAUAGAAAGAGAUUCCGAAUACUUGGCAUCAUUGGAGACAUUAGACAAUGGAAAGCCUUAUUUGAAUUCAGUGGGAGAUAUUCAGGGGGCUGUCGGACAGAUACGUUAUUAUGGGGGCUAUGCGGACAAAAUUCACGGAAAGACUAUUCCGGCCGAUGGACCACACUUUGCAUUCACUAGAGUUGAACCAAUUGGAGUUUGCGGGGCUAUUAUAGCGUGGAAUUUCCCGAUAUUUCUAAUCGCUGGCAAAUUAGGGCCCGCAUUAGCCACUGGUAAUACACUUGUCAUCAAACCCGCUGAACAGGGUUCAGUUUGGCGUACAAUUGAUGCCUCAGAAAGGGGUCGACUUUUGCAUAAAUUGGCGGAUCUUAUAGAAAGAGAUUCCGAAUACUUGGCAUCAUUGGAGACAUUAGACAAUGGAAAGCCUUAUUUGAAUUCAGUGGGAGAUAUUCAGGGGGCUGUCGGACAGAUACGUUAUUAUGGGGGCUAUGCGGACAAAAUUCACGGAAAGACUAUUCCGGCCGAUGGACCACACUUUGCAUUCACUAGAGUUGAACCAAUUGGAGUUUGCGGGGCUAUUAUAGCGUGGAAUUUCCCGAUAUUUCUAAUCGCUGGCAAAUUAGGGCCCGCAUUAGCCACUGGUAAUACACUUGUCAUCAAACCCGCUGAACAGACACCAUUGACUGCCCUCUAUAUCGCUAGCCUUAUAAAAGAGGCCGGUUUUCCUCCUGGUGUUGUCAACGUUGUGCCCGGUUAUGGACAUACAGCCGGUGCCGCUUUGACUGAACACCCGGAUGUCGAUAAGAUUGCAUUCACCGGAUCCACAGAAGUGGGAAAACUGAUCCAAAUCGCGGCCGGGAAGUCAAACAUGAAGAGAGUAACCCUCGAAACGGGUGGUAAAUCACCGCUCAUUAUCUUCGACGACGCGGACAUCGAUGACGCCGUCGCCACUGCUCACGAGACAGUAUUCCUGAAUCAGGGACAGACAUGUUGUGCGGCAACCCGUCUCUACGUUCAGGACACCAUUUACGACAAGUUUGUCGAAAAGGCUGUAGAAUUGGCUCAGAAGCGAGUGGUCGGUGACCCCUAUGAGGCUAACACACAACACGGCCCUCAGAUAGACGGCACACAGUUUGACAAAGUGUUACAACUUAUAGACACCGGUCGUAAGGAAGGCGCAAAACUAUUGACUGGUGGCCAGAGAUGGGGAACCAAAGGCUACUUCGUUCAGCCGACGGUUUUCGGUGACGUGACGGACAACAUGACUAUAGCCCGGGAGGAGAUCUUCGGACCCGUGCAGUCCAUCUUCAAGUUCAACACAUUGGAGGAAGUGAUUGAAAGGGCUAAUGACACGACCUAUGGGUUAGCUGCCGGUGCCUUCACUAAAGACGUGAACAAAGCACUGGUAUUGAGUCAGGCAUUGGAGGCCGGGAAUGUCUGGAUCAACACUUUCCUGGCUGUGAAACCUCAGACACCGUUUGGGGGAUACAAACAGUCGGGCUUUGGGCGAGAGUUUGGUGAAGACGGUCUCCACGAGUAUCUCGAAGUGAAAUCGGUAUUCAUAGACAAUGAAUGGGUGGACUCCGUGAGUGGGAAGACAUUUGAGACGAUAAACCCGGCGACCGGACAAGUGAUCGCAAAAGUACAGGAGGGGGACAAACAGGACAUCGAUAGGGCUGUCAAAGCGGCCAGAAAUGCAUUCAAAAGGGGAUCAGUUUGGCGUACAAUUGAUGCCUCAGAAAGGGGUCGACUUUUGCAUAAAUUAGCGGAUCUUAUAGAAAGAGAUUCCGAAUAUUUGGCAUCACUCGAGACAUUAGACAAUGGAAAGCCUUAUUUGAAUUCAUUGGGAGAAGUAGAGGGGGCCGUAAGGAUGUUACGCUAUAAUGCGGGAUAUGCUGACAAAAUUCACGGGAAGGUCAUACCGGCCGAUGGGCCGCACUUUGCAUUCACUAGAGCUGAACCAAUCGGGGUUUGCGGAGCUAUUAUAGCGUGGAAUGCCCCGAUCACUUUAACCGCUUGUAAAUUAGGACCUGCUUUAGCCACCGGUAAUACUUUGGUUAUUAAACCGGCUGAACUGACACCGUUGACUGCCCUCUAUAUCGCAAGCCUUAUAAAAGAGGCCGGUUUUCCUCCCGGUGUGGUUAACGUUGUGCCCGGUUAUGGACAUACAGCCGGUGCCGCAUUGACUGAGCACCUGGAUGUCAAUAAGAUUGCAUUCACCGGAUCCACAGAAGUGGGAAAACUGAUCCAAAUCGCCGCCGGGAAGUCAAACAUGAAACGCGUGACUCUGGAAACGGGCGGCAAAUCACCGCUCAUUAUCUUCGACGACGCGGACAUCGAUGAAGCCGUUGUCACUGCUCAUGCGACAGUUUUUGCAAAUUCAGGUCAGAUUUGUUGUGCGCCCACAAGACUCUACGUUCAGGACACCAUUUACGACACGUUUGUCGAAAAGGCCGUAGAAUUGGCUCAGAAGCGAGUGGUCGGUGACCCCUAUGAGGCCCACACCCAACAGGGCCCUCAGAUAGACGGCACACAGUUUGACAAAGUGCUACAAUAUAUAGACACCGGUCGUAAAGAAGGCGCAAAGCUAUUGACUGGUGGCCAGAGAUGGGGAACCAACGGCUUCUUUAUUAAGCCGACGGUUUUCGGUGACGUGACGGACAACAUGACUAUAGCCCGGGAGGAGAUCUUCGGACCCGUGCAGUCCAUCUUCAAGUUUAAGACAUUGGAGGAAGUGAUUGAAAGGGCUAAUGACACGACCUAUGGGUUAGCUGCCGGUGCCUUCACUAAAGACGUGAACAAAGCACUUGUGUUGAGUCAGGCAUUAGAGGCCGGGUCUGUUUGGAUCAACACUUACAUGGCUUUCGGCCCUCAGAUACCGUUUGGUGGAUACAAACAGUCGGGUUUUGGCCGAGAGUUGGGUGAAGAGGCUCUACACGAGUACAUCGAAAUCAAAUCGGUUGUCAUCAAAACGGAUCAGAAGAUUUCCUAA